CUCGACCCUCUUCUAAUGACAUCACUUCCUAAACUCGUAAAACGAGGCUGGAGGUGGUGGUCUCAGCCUUACUGAAUCUAACUACCACCAUGACCAUGAACACGGAAAAGAAUAAAAUGUCUGCAGUCUUGAAUCAUAUCCUGGAGAUUCUCUUCCUGCUGACUGGAGAGAUCUCAGCAGUACAGCAUCUAACUAAGACACUAAGGGUGAAAGACAUUAACAAAGACCAGAAGAAACUGGAGGUGAUGACUGAGGCAGUGAUGAAUCAUGCCAUAGAAAUCAUUUACCUUCUCAAAGGAGAGGAAUAUAGUCUUGUGAAGAAUCCUCCUCACAGCAGCAUUCUCCAACCAAAAGAAGAGAGUGAGGAGAAUGCAGAAGCUUGUUCCUAUACGGAUACACAGAAUGUUAAGAAUCCCCAGUCACCAACAGCGUUUGGACUCCCAGCAAACAGGAGCUCAGAUGUUAAAGGUGAAAAUGGUGACUCUGAUAAUGAGGAAGAAAAAGAUGAGAUAGAUGAAAAUGAAAUUCUGCAGGUGAAAAUCCAUUCUGACUCUAUUGAAUGUAUCCAACAAGACAAUUUAGACACACUUAGUGACGAAGACGAGAAUGAGAUAGAUGAAAAGGAUAGUUUGAAGGUGAAAAUCCAUUCAGGACUCUCUGAAGAUGAAUCCUCAAACAGGGAUGUGACUGAGGAAUCCAACACAGCAACUGGUCCUUUGGAGAGUAUGAUGGAAGACAAUACCAAUCUGAAAAGUGAACAUUCUGAGAAAAGCUCACCUAAUGAAAAGGCAUUAUGUGAAAAAGGAAAACUGAUGUUGCCUUCAGAAAAAAUAAUGCUUUUGUCAUCAGGAGAUAAGCCAUAUACUUGUCUUUAUUGUGAUAAGACCUUUAACAAAAGGUCAGACCUGGCUAAACACCACCGAACUCAUACAGGAGAGAAACCAUAUAUUUGCUCUGAAUGCGGUAACUGCUUCCGCACAAAGUCCCAACUGGAUGUGCACCGCAGAACACAUACAGGAGAGAAGCCUCAUGUAUGUUCUGAAUGUGGCAAAGGGUUUUCACAACGAUCAAACUUGGUUAAGCAUUUGAGAACUCAUACAGGAGAUAGGCCAUAUGUUUGCCUCAAAUGUGGUAAAGGUUUCCGUACAGGGUCACAACUGGAUACCCACUACAAAAUCCAUACAGAAGACAAGCCUUAUAUUUGUCAGCAAUGUGGAAAGAGUUUCUCUUAUAAAACAUGUCUGAUAGCGCACAACAAAACUCACACAGGAGAGAAACCGCACAUAUGCCAAGUGUGCGGAAGGGGAUUUGCUGAAAAAUCAAACCUAUUAAUUCACAACAAAACGCAUACUGGAGAGAAGCCUUAUGCUUGUACGCAGUGUGGGAAAAGCUUCUCUCUAAGGUCCAGUCUUGUUAAACAUCACGUAGUUCAUACAGGGGAGAAACCAUUUGUGUGCCCGAAAUGUGGCAAAGGUUUCUCCAGCAGAUCGUAUCAGCUUAAACAUUACAGAGCUCAUUCAGGAGAAAAACCUCAUGUUUGUCCUGACUGUGGAAAAGGCUUUUCUAUAAAGUCCAAUUUAGUUAAACAUCACAGGAUUCAUACAGGGGAAAAGCCUUAUGUUUGCCAGGAGUGUGGGAAAGGAUUUAAACAAAGUUCACAUUUGGUUAAGCACCAUAAAAGUCAUAAAGAAAAGAAAACACAUGUUUGACAGAAAUGUAUAUUACAUUUUCUUUCCUGGGGUUAUAGAAGAGAAUACAAACAUUUGUCUUAAAUUUGGGAUAUUUAAAAGGACAUAUAUUGUCAUAUUGUCAAUUAAACAUAGCACUACAAAAGAUCUGUGUACAUUUUUUUUUUUUUUUUUAAAUCAUACAUGGUUUUGAAACUAGCAGUUUACAGGCCCAUCACCUUUGCUGUAUUCAUUGGGGGAUGAUGUAUUUGAGCCUCUAUACUAUGAUCUUAGAAUCACAGUGUAGAAUGUUGCAGGAUCAGGUAAAUGCUACCAUUCAAAAAUAUGGAGUUACUGCAGCCUUUCUGAAGGGGGAGAAGGCAAAGCAUGCAAAAUAAUGUAUAUUACAAUGUUUUGUUUUUUCUUAAACUCAAAAUGUAUUCAUCCAUAAAAUGUUUAUUUUGUCAGUUGUGAAGGGUAAAUAAAACUGCCUUUAGUGCCCAAUACAGCUUGACUGUGCUGUAGGAACAUACAGGUACAAAUCCCCACAUCUGGAAUUCCAAAAUCCAAACUUAUUCUGAAAUCCAAUCUAUUUAAUUAACAUUUUUAUUAAAUAAAAUUAUCAUAAAUUACUGUUUU